UUCCUGAGGUCAGGCUGAAGAGAUACUUGGAGAUGAGGGGUGCUGAUGGAGGGCCUUGGAGGAGAUUAUGCGCUUUGCCAGCAUUUUGGGUAGGUAUACUGUAUGAUGAGGUUGCCCUACAGAAUGUGUUAGACAUUACAGCUGAUUGGACCCCUGAAGAAAGACAGAUGCUGAGAAAUAAGGUCCCCAUAACUGGUCUAAAGACACCAUUUCGGGAUGGGUUGCUCAAGCAUGUCGCCCAAGAUAUCGUAAAGUUGGCAAAGGAUGGCCUGGAAAGAAGAGGCUUUAAGGAAUCUGGGUUCUUGAAUGAGGUGGCCGAGGUUGUCAGAACCGGUGUAACACCAGCUGAGAGGCUAUUGGAAUUGUAUAACGGGAAGUGGGGACAACAAAUAGACCCUGUUUUUGAGGAGCUACUUUACUGAGGUGAGGCACUUCAGCGGGGUCAUUUUGCAUGUAAACCUUGCAAAUUUUCAGGUGUAAUCUUUAGGUUUUUUUUUAAGCUGCUUUCAGUUUGUGAUUACAGAUGUACCUUUCUACAGGAAUAAUUUGUGAUGUAAAUCUUAGGCAUGAAGUUUCGUUUCUAAUUUGGACCAAACAUUGUCAGAUCAUUGUUCCAGUAUAUUCUUGGAAGGUUGAAAAUAAUUGAAACUUCUUGAGAUGAAUUCAUUUGUAUAACCUGACGGCAUGUUGUGGGAAAGAAAGUGAACAGAAGUUCAUUUUGUUGCA